CGUUUCUCGUGUGGAGUUGUGAAGUUGCUGUUGAUGCUACUGCCGCUAUGAGCACUCCAACUGCUUGCCGUAUGACUUUUCUGUGAGGGGGACAUGAGUUCAGAGCGGCCGGAUUGCAGGCGAAAGCGAAACCUCCGUCAGUCCGUCUAGUGACUUUCGAGUGAACGGUGGUAACCCCAAACCUUUGGCGCUUCGGUGUUCUGUGCGGUUCGUCUUCGGCUGCUUAGCGGGGACGACUUUGGAUGUUUUUUUUUUCUGUUAGCUGUUUGAAGAUGGUUAUCAGAGAAGCUAGUUAAUCAAGUGAAGGACCUCGGUUUUUCUUGCGGAUGACCUACAAGUGCGAAUGGGUAGAUGUUGAUGAAAUUCUGAUUCUCUGCAACCGGGGGCAAAGAAACGUAAGGCACAGUGUUGGAUUAUGUAACGUGACUCCCCCGACUUUGAUCGAUGAUCGACGGUUAAGUGAUUGUUAGGGAGAAAUAUAUGUUUCGAGUGUCGAUGGGAUGCGAGACCCUAGAAGGUGUUAUUGAAUCAGUGUGCAGUGUGGAGUCAAACCAGUGAUUGUUAGCUCUGCUGCGUUCGGAGCGUAGAUCCAGUACAGAAGAAGUGCCAGCGCAAACAACAAUUUGAUGAAGAAGGUCCAGGAAGACACCGAAUCGGAUAACGAGUUUCUCGAAGAUGCAAUGUGUGAAGUGAACUGAUUUUUUUGCUUUGAGAUUUUGAAUGUUCGGUCCAUCUCGUGACGGGGCACAGUGGAUAAGCCCACAUCGACUCGGCAAGUUGUGAAUUGGCUUCUCGCCUUCCAAACAAGAGAUGAUGCUUCAAUGAAUGCAGCGCAGCCUCCGCAAUGCCGGAUUCGACUUAUGCAAAUGAGGAUCGACAUGUUAAUAAAUUAUGAACGCACCAAUGAAGACGGAUGCUGGAUGCCACUGCACGGGGGCAGGUUCUGAUCUUGGUUAGAAGUGCAUUUGGAAACUGAAAGUUGUGAAACCUGUAUCGCCAGCACAGUUUGUAUUGUGGAAGAGAAUAAGAAUCGCUACAGUCGUAGUACAACUGAAAUGAAUAUCUAGUGAAACUUCAAGUGAACCGAUACAACGGAGUGCCAGUUGACAUCAAAUAACCGAUCCAUAAUAAGUGAGGUGGAGAAUCUGUAACUGUGAGGCGAUAGUGAACGAUCUUGAAUCUUGAGAGAGGAAGCAGAAAAAGGCACGGCCGAAGGUGGAUUUCCAAAACGAGCAGGCGGCUUCCACAAUCGAAGUUGUGAAGUUUGGCGCUAACGAUCGAUUGUGUGUUAAUUGCCCGAUUAGCACCGCAAAAAACACCAACAUCAACUGCCCCGACAUCGAAUUCACUUUGCGCAAAGCCCAAAAAAAUAAAUAAAGAAUCUCAACCUUCACAAACUGCAUCGCUGCAUGAUAACACCGUCGAAUGCAUCGCCGUGUAUGCAAUUUUGAAUUACGACGACGACGACGACUUGUCCCGUGUUUGGAGUUUGGUCAGCCAGGCAGCCAGCCUUCCGAAAAGCUUCCACCUUCGGGACACGAAGGUUGGAAAAAGUUGCAAAACCGGAGCUGCUGAAAAAUUUCUUUAACCGGAGAAAACAACAAACACAUAUCUACGAAAGAAGAACCCGGAGCGGUAGCACCAUCAUCAGUUUCAGCGCUUUUCAUGUUGCAUAGCGCAUGGAUAUAUGUGAAAUCGGUCCGAGAGCAGCAGUUUCGAGUCCAAGAGCAAAAAUCUAUAUUCGCACAUAACUUCGCCAACCGAGAAGGAAGCGUGAAGCGAGAAAAAGCGCCAGGACCGGUCCAUUCCCAAUUGACUCGUUUUCAGUGCACUCACACCCAUACACAUAUCCAACCCAACUGUCCGAGUAGUGGUUGUGGUACUCGAUCCCAACUGGUUCUAGAUCUACCAACAUCGCGCUGCGCUAAGGUCCCUCCACGUCCAGCCCAUCUACAACGUGUGUGACUCCAGCGAACCCGUGGCCAGGUUCUACAUGACUGAGCACUACACAACAUCAUUUUUGCCAGUGCCAAGACGACAAAGAUCGUAGAUGAUCUCAACGAUUCGCGCGGAUCCAAUUCCGGAAAAGUUGCAACUUUGUUCACGAGAGAAAAGUGAAACAUUUUCCCCCAAAACGAGUUUGCGGAAGUUGAAGGAAAAAAGUGCAUGUCAAUUCUUUCGUCUAAGGCCGCAACGCCCCGAAGUGCGAAAUUAAUGCAAUGCCGUAAUGGAAACGUUUAGUGCCGAUUGAUGUUUUUUUUGUUGGUGAAUGAAACCUUGAGUGUUGCGAUCAGUUGCGGUGAAAGAAAGAAAGAAGAAAGUGCAACCGAAGUGCCGAAAAGUCAAUGUCUAUUUUGCGAGGUGGUAAAAAACAAUGGAAGAAACGAAUCUUCAUUAGAUGUGCGUAAGUCUAAAUCCCAGUUUUGUGCGUGUUUUCAGAGUUUGAAGUGACGUAGGAAAUUAGUGCAGCCUCUCGCAAAAGGUGUGAAUUUUUCGAAUAGUUUGACGAGUAAUCGCACUUAGGUGAUCGGUUGGAACAACAGCGCGACGAAACGGUUGGGGUUAAGGUGUGUAACACUAGCUGUCGGUUCAAUGGACGAUCUUGGUUUUGUUCGUUUGGAGCAUUAGUUGGAUAGCGGACCUAUUGAAGUUGUAAGCGGAGCUUAUUGAAUCAUCACUGAAGAUUCCCUGCCGCAAAUCGGACAACAGUAGUGUAAAGAAGCCGUCCAUCAAAGGCAAAACGCCAGCCCCAAUCAACGACGACGCACUGCCUUCUGGGAACAUCCGAUCUAUCUGGCAAAGCUCUUCCAGGUUGCAGCGUUUUGCACUUGCACUUGCACAUUUUGCCAGGCUGCCUCGCAUGCAGUUGCAAAAGUAAAACCAAGUCGUAAUAACAGUGUUUGCGCGGGAGACCUCCAGGAAUAGUGGCCUCCCGGAGUGGCAGGUUAUUGUGCGCAGCUGUGGUCUCUGCAAGAAGAACUGCGAUAAGAAGAAAAUUAUUAUUCGCAUCCCGCCAUCUUUUCCCCCAGCCCAAGUUGUUUGUGUUCCCAGAUAUUACACGCCUCCUCCAGUGAUCGUGAAAGUAAACCCGUUCAAGUGAAACCCCCAAGUGCAAGUAAUUGACCCAUAAAGAAGCGAAGUGGGCUCUACACGUGCGCUGUGCGGUUCCAGAUCUUACUCGGAGACGCAUAAUUUCUUCCAUAUUUUUAUCUGCAUGGCUAGCGGUAGGAAGUAGUGCUGACGGUUUCUAUGAGCGUUCCGGGUAGAAACCGGGUGAACCUUCCAGUUGCCGAGUACGAACUAGAAGACCUGCUGCCAUCGUCGUCGUCGUCGUCGUUCGGGACCGACGACGAGAAGCGCCAGCGGCACCAAAAUGAGUACAAAUUCGCCCGGUACGCCGAAGAAGUGUCGGCUCAUCCUGCAGCAGUGCCUGGCGAUUCAGCUGACCAAGCCGGGCAACCCGCCGGAGGAUUUCUGGAUGUACGAUAGCGGCUAUACGAUUUUUCAGAACUUCCUCUCGGCGAACCUGCAGUGCUGGUGGAAUGCUCCGCUGGCGGCCGCCACCAAAGUGCUCAAAUAUCUCGGUCACAUCUCGCCCGGAAUGUUGCUGAUAACGGCCGAACCGUGCGCCCUCGAGAUCAUCCGCAGUGCCUACGCGAGGAGUGUCCUCAAACCACCGGCCACCUAUCUGAUCAGUUCCCUAGGUGACAUUGACGAUUGCAUCGUGACACCGAUAGUGCAGACGCAGUUCACUCCGCUCACCGAGGCCCUCUGUGACGUCAUCAUGGAGCUGACGACGCAGGGCCAAUCGGCGACGAUCGAGAACAUCCGAUCCCGGCUUCGAACGAGAUUUACGCAUAUGCAGCAACCUUCGGUGGAGGUGAUUUACGAUACGCUUGUCCAGCUGAUGCAAGAGAUCAAAAUCUAUCAAACAUCAAAGGGGUAUUUCAUCGUCACGCCCGAGAAACGACGUAGUAAAUCGAAACAGAAUGAUUACAGCUUCGCAAGCGACGAAUCAACACCACCCCAGAAGGAAUCCAAGACCAUGCUGAUGAGUAGCCACGAGGCCCUGCGCAGUUUGUAUGGAGAAAUUUCGACCGAACGGGACGGUGACCAGACGCAUCAGUGCAUCCAAACCAACCUGGCCGAUGUAAUUUGCGGCGGAAAUCCAAACGACAAGAUCCUGUACGCCCGAACCAGCACAAGCGGAAGUAAGCAGCGCAGUUCUUCGCUCGCCGGAAGUCACAAAACCCUGGAGCGUCGGCAUAGUCUGCGGAUCUUUGGCUCUUCGAAGCGUCUUCAGCGAUCCGCUUCCACGAGAAGUCUAUCCAAGAACUACGCGCAAACGAUCGCCAAGGACGGAACAUCGGCCCAGCCGUCUACGAUGGCUACGGCCGCGGCCAGCAGUUCGAGUUCGGAGAAUCAGUCCAAUUGUGAUACGAAAAAACAAGCGUCUUCCCAGUCUCUGCUGUCGAGGAUCUUCAGGCGAAGCACUCGAUCGAAGAGCAAAUCGAAACAGCUCGAGACCUACUCGGCGCAGUUUCCACCGCCGGAGUGGUUCAACUCGAAGACGACGCACCUGCACAGCGUAGGGACGCAGACCACGGACUAUAUGGACGUCCCCAUCAAGUCGCGCCUUAUGAACUCAACCUUUUAUGAUAGCUCGGACGUAAGUCAGCGAUCGCUAUCCCUGCCCAGACGACGCCAUCACCGGAGAAACCUUUCCAGCGAGUCUACUUUUUUCAUAUCGUCCCGUGACUGUUCGCCGGUCCGCCGCGGCAAGUCACCCUCCUACUACUGCGGAAGUUUACCCCGAUCGAUCCACUCGACGCCGGCCAGUUCGGGCUACUACAAAGUAUCCCGCAGCAAACAGCUCUCAUCGGCGGACAAACUGCACAGCAACAGCCAGAACAAGAUCGAACACAAAACUAGUCGAGUCGGUAGUGGUCCGUCCAGUAUCGACAGUGGUAAGAUGACCUAUAUAACCUCUGGUCCGUCUAGCUUCGAUAGCGAGAAACUGUCCUCCACUCGUACCAGUACUCACUCGAGCCUGGAAUCCCACGUCUCGGCCGCUACGGUUACCACUACCAUUCAGCAAACGACCACGUCCAGCUUCUUCAUAGCUAACGACACGAAACCUUCGUAUACCACUCCAAGUGAUUCGAAGGAUCAACCGCCCUCGGCAGUUACCACUACCACGGCCAGCGCUUCAAAAUCAAACAACAGCAACCACUACAAGGGGUUCGAAACCACCUUCGGGUACAACAACCAAGCCAUCAAUACCAGCACUAACCAUCAUAGCAAUAGCACCAGCACCCACAGUAGCAACCUAGUUAAGAACUCACUGAAUGCACUUUGUAAUGAGGCCAUUACGAAUAACGGCAUUUUGAAACUAGACACCGAUACCCCAAACGGAACCAACGAACAACUCUCCACCCUCAACGAAACCCUUCUGGGCUUCAAACUCCACUCGGAAGGCCCACCAGACCUCCACGAGAUGAACAGGUACAACAAGAACUUCAACAAACAGGAUAACAUACCCAUGAACAAUAGUAAAACGUUGCCAUCGACGCCUCCAGUACAACCAGCUAAUUUUUUCUACAAGAAUGUCCUCAAAAACAUCCAGCACGACGCCAAGAACAUCUGCGGAGACCUCGCCACUGACAAAGACCUCACCGGCUGUCUCCUGCCCGGAAGCGAUCACCAAUCGAAUCUCCGACGGUCGAACUCCGAAAUCAAGAAGCUCAACUCCAACCUUGACCUAAAAAACCACACAUCUUCCCCGGAGAAGAUCAGCGGACUGAUCAUGAUGAAGAAGAGCCUUUCCGUCUCCAGCGAACCUAACCUAACCAAUCAGACGCAGGAAACGACCACCAACAAGGUCACCAUCCUGGUCAAGGACUCCGACAAGCCGAACAACGCCGAUCGGAGGUUUUCCUUCCAGAGCAAGGACGACCCGAUGAUCGAGGAAAUGUACGACUUUCCUAGUCUGACCGAUUUGAGCUUUAACUUUACUUCGCUGGCGGCCCAGAAGAUCCUCCAGGGUGAUGCCAGCCUCAACAGUAUCGACACGCUGGUCGAGCUGAACAUCAACCAGGAGAAGCAGCAGACCAUCAUGAAGUUGAAACAUGACGCUCGGAUGAUGGCUCAGGAGGCGGCACAGGACGCCGCCAAGAUCGUUACGGACUUCGGAAUGGUGUGAUGGGGACAAACCGAGGAGCGAACAAAUCAAACGAAUAUGUACAUUUAAACCCAAGUAUAAGUGCCAAUACCUUAAUGCAAAUGAAAGUAUAUCUGAGUAACUAUAGCAAAUUCGGCUAAGUAUUAUACGGUAUUAUCGUAGUUAAAUGCUGUUAAUUAUUUGUAUUAUAUAUUAUCUGAUCGCAACGAAACAACCGAACACUAAAACAGGCAGAAACUUUUGGACAAUUUUAAAAGCAAUGUUUUAAGACAAAGUGAUGUAUACUAAACUGUGGUAAUAUUGUUCAUAACCCAAGUACUGAAAACAACACGAAAUACGACAUAAGGCACCAACAUUUUACAGAAAAAAAAAUAUCGUACUAUCUGACCUAACCGUUCUGUACAAUAAUAAAUACAUGGUAUUAUACGCAAUAAAGACCGAAUGAAAACUGAAAAAA